ACCUGCAAAUUCAAAACAGUUUGGAUCAGUGGGAUCAGUGGCUCAAAUUCAUUGCCACUUAACUUUUAGAGAUACUUCAUAAAACUCACACUUUGGAUUAUUUUUGCAGAUGGUGCCUUUGGAAUAGUAUUUUGAAAACAAGAAACUUUCAGCAUAGGAAAGGGGGAGAUAUACAAAAUGCAGAAAUUCAGAAGAAGUCUAUGUGUUAGACUGUGUGUGGGACUAAUUGGCUUCAUUCUCUUCAUCAGUAUAGCUUCAAAGAACCAGAGAGAAAAUGUUUGGUGGAAAAGAGCCCUGUUAAUGUCAACAGAAUUACCUGUUGGAUCUCUUGACCCUGAUGCCAUUGAUCUGACUGAAUUAGUCAAUAAAAUGAUCAAUACAGCACUUGAAGGAAAUCAACAGUUCUUCUCAUUGCUGGGCGUCACUUCCCAUAGUUCCCUUGCACUCCAUAAAGUGUCCAUUCUCAUUUAUGACAUCUCAAGCUUCUGGAUAAUUGAUUCAUCUGUUUUCCCAUUGAAAUACUGCUACUGCUUAAACAACAGGACAAAUGACUUGACAGAUUUCACUGCUGUUGUGGUUGACUUUGUGGGAAAUACCACCAGUUUCUUCAAGGAGAUUUUUAAGUCUAACUCCAUUCUCUAUGUGAGCAAAAAUGAAACAGACUGCAUUUUCAUCUGUGUAAUGGCUGGCGUCCUGGACAGGGAUAUGACUUCACCGUGGUUUUCAGAUUCAAUGCAACCAGUUAUAAAUGAAACAUUUUACAACAGAAAACCGACUAAAACUGCGUCUACCACUGUUUCGACAUUGAUCACAACAGCUACAGAAGGUCUCGGAAGGAUGAAGACAACCACAUUACAGGCACAGCCACCCACAGGAUCUCCAAAAUAUGAGGCUCAGGCUACUCCAAGCAUUACCAUUGGACAAGUGCAUUCAAACUGCAGAGGUGUUCCCAGGCACAAAGAGAAAGAGAAGCCCAUCGUGGGUGUACAAACUAUUAAUCGGUGCGUUCUGGAACUUUGCCGAUUCUUUCAACGAUGCCUUUGCAAAAUGAAGAGAAGAAUUCAAACAAAGAGAACGGCCUUAAUGUACUGCACUGAUUACUACUCCUGGUACCAGGCACAAAAAAAUAACAUCUGUAAGAUCACAAAGGGCUUUUCUUCUCUGAGAUCUUUGAUGAAGAUAUGCCUGUCAAAGAUCUGCAAAUCAACCCGACUGUCAUAAAUUAAGAACAGAAAUGUUUUCAUGGAACGAUCAGUCAUUUCUGUAUCUAUUCACAAUAAUUCAUUCUUAUAUUAUUAUGAUUGCUGCACAAAGUGAUUCAGUAAAAAUGAUGGGUAGAUAAUAUAAGCACACUGAUUAAUGAAUCAUAACCAAAAUGUUCUGUAUUAAUACAUCAAAUGUUAAAUGUUACUGACAUUCUUGAUAAAAAUGUUUGGACUCCUGAAAACUGGAUUUUCUUGUAUUGUUCUUUUAACUCUUCAAUGAAGGCACACUAAUACCAUUCUACCUGUUUCUUUGCUUGGAUAUGUCUAUCGUAAUUUACUGGAUGGUAUGGAUCACUGCCCUGCCAACUGAAGGGAGUAGCUACAAGGUUUUAUUUCUCAUGGGAUCUGGGGAAAAUAUUAUCAGUCAGUUGGCACGAAUUUUUACAUCUACCCAAUCAUUACCAGUAUGCAACGGUUCAUUUAAAAUACCAUUGGGCGGAACAUUGCAACAGCUGAUAGAGCUGGUGCCUCAUAGCGCCAGAGACCCUGACUCGAUCCUCACUACGGGUGCUGUCUGUG